AUGGCCCUUGGAACGCUGUGUUGUGGGAAAGAGGAGAUCGCUCUGUAUCCAGGGGGGUGGUGGAACAGCUACAUCAUUCUUUCUUCCUACUGUUCAAAUCGCACGUUAACCUCCUACUGCUAUGCCGAUGAUGCCGGCACCUUCGAUACUCAAUCGAGCACUUGGGACAACACAUCCAUUGAUUAUACGCCUUAUGGCUUGUGGGGGUCUCUGGAUUUCUCGCAAACCAACGACAAUCCGGUCUUCGGAAGGGCUCACUGUGCCACAGAUACGAUGAGUCUAUAUGGGGUAGACAUCCCAAGGUCCAAUCUAAUCGCUGUCCAACAAGGCUACCAGACCUACCCCGGAGGACAGAGUUAUCCUCUCGAAGUUGGCUCCCUAGCGCUGGGUGCCCAAUACAUGAACCAGACAUUUGGCAACAUCGGAGGAACCAUUGCCCCUGGCUGGUUGUGGAACGGGUCGAAGCAAAUCGAAUCAUAUUCAUACGGCAUGCACAUUGGGUUAUCCUCGCUAGGUAUUCCGGGCAGUUUGAUGCUCGGUGGCUACGAUCAAAGUCGGCUGCUGGGUGACGCUUCUGUUCAGCCUCACACGGGCAGUUCGGCGCCUAUCAAUCUACUCGACGUUAGCCUCGGUGUCGUGACCGGUGGUUCGCCAUGGGAUUCUUCUAGCAAAGAAGGCCUACUUGCACAAGGAAACUCUUCUCUUUUGGGGGGCACCACCGUCAUAGCAGCCCCAGUCGAUCCUUGCAUUUACCUGCCUCAGGGUUCCUGUGACGCCAUUGCUGCUGAAUUAUCAGUGACUCACAACGCUGAUUUGGGUCUUUAUAUCUGGAAUACCAACGACCCUCAAUACCAGAAGAUCGUCACUUCUCCCAGCUAUAUUGCAUUUACUUUCACCAAGGAUAACACCAACACACAAGACCUUUGA